AUGGCUGGCGUCUUGAGGACCGCGGCCGUCGCAGUGCGCGCCAGCCUCGAGGGCGGCGCCCUCGCCGGGCGCCGCGCCGCCGCGCAGGCGCAGCAGGCGCGCGGCAACCAUGACCUCAGCGUGCACCACAACAAGCACAUCGAGAAGUGGCUGUCGCGCCGCGAGGACAUUGAGCAGGAAUUCACUUGGGACGGGCGCACCACGCGCUCGGUGCUGAUCGGGGCGUUCCUGCUGCCCAUCGCCACGUAUAACAUGCUCGUCUACAUGGCGCACCAGGUGCAGCAGCCAGAGCGGCGCGCGCGCGCGUAA